AUGGUCCCGGUGCUCCUGAACAUACCUGCGGCCACAUUGUUCGUGCUGGGCUGCAUGUGUGCCUGUGUGCCGCCGCUGCAGGGCCACAGGCCGGAGCACGGAGACCCCCUGGCGGCCCCCCGCUCCGACCCGCAGUGCUGGGACUCCUCCUCGGCUCUGCUGCUGGAGAUGCGCUCCCCGAGGAUAGCUGACACGGUGCCCGGCUUCUGGGGCAUGAUGCUGGUCCUCAGGUCGUCAGAAAACGGCAAACACACGGCGCUGUUCUGGGACCUGGCCCGGGUCUUCUGGGACCUUUACCUGGACUGCGUGCUGUCCAGGAGCCACGGCCUGGGGAGGAGGCACAUCCCCACUUUACACUCCCUCAUCUCUGACAAGUUCCUUAGAUUCAACAGCUCAGGAGCGAUCUCCGGGGGGUGGCUCAGUUUCAGAUGGAGACCAAGAAGACACAUCAAGACCCUGAAGAGCAAAUCCAAAUCAAACCCAAACUACCACAAAUAAUUCAUAUUAUUUCAGGGUUUAUACAUAUUUUCUUCUUCCCUUUACGGUAGCCUACAUGUUUCUCUCAACAGCAUUUUUCAUAGACAUCAUUUAUUAGUGGGAAUCCACAAAUACAAUUGACAGGAUGGAGGCCUUAACCCAAUUGUUAAAGAUCUGGCAGGCAGUUUAUUGUUGAAGCCAUUUGCAAAAAAUAAAUAAUCGUUCAGCUUCUUGUGAACCAAAUUAUCUGACAGAAAUCCAGACCUCUGACCUCUGACCUUUGACCUUUGCCUCUAAAGUUUCAGAGUUAGAGAGAAGAUUUAAAUAACAGUUUAACCUCCCGCUGCCGCAAACAGACCUUUCUUUGAUGAGUAUCUUCCUGUUUUUAGGAGGCUUUACAGUGGCAGUUGUUGCCAAUGCUGGAAAAGUAACCUUUCUGCAGGACAUUCUCAAUCAGACUUUCAAAAAAAGGGUGCGCACCAAGUCUGAAUUAUUUGGAACGACCUCUCUCUGAAAUGACCGGAGUUUGUCCACUGUCACUAACUAGAUUUCAUUUGAAUUACAAUAAGCUAAAAGGAUUUGCUAAAAGAUUAUUAUGGACAUUUUGCCUAAAUCAUGAAGAAAUGCACAGUUUACCCCAGCUUUAAGAUACCUUGAAAUUAUUGAUCACUUCAUAUCACAGCCCUAAGAAAAUGAAUUGUUGUCCAUUUUAAAAAGUCUCUAUGGUUACCUGCAGUUUAACACACCUUACACACACAUUCAAAAUAGUGAUCAUAU